AUGCUAUACCGAAAAAGGAAAAAAGGAAAACAAAAUUACAAACACAAACACAGCCCAACGACCGUAGUCAAACCGCCGCCGCGUCAGCACUCGGCCCAUCCCUCUUCCAGCUCAACCCGGCGCCUCUGCAGCCGCCGCCUCGCUCCCUUCAAGCCACGCUCCAGCUUCAGCUCAGCCGCUAGAAUGACCCCAGCCGGAACGCCGGAAACCGCCUCCAGCCGCUUCAGCACUUGCCACGUCGCCUCCUUGUUCAUCGCGAGCCUCAACCCGAGCCACAUGGACGCCGCCAGGCACACGCGGUACGGCACCGCCGCCCAGCUGCCGGAGCACGCCCUCAGGCCCUUGCACGCCAUCCGCACCGCCGUUCCGUCGCCGGCGACGCCGAUCACGCGGCACCACUCGGCGAAGACCCCAUCCGCCCCCGCGUAG